CUUGUUUAAAGGCUCGGCUAGCUUGUCUUUUUAUUUACACAGGAAAGUGAGGCUCAACCAAGGACUAUUGAGAGAUGUUACCUGUGUUGUUUCUGAGAAUCGUCUGCGGACUGAUGCUCUAUGCCUCAUUUUGUGAACCUGACACUCAGCCUUGUCUCCCACGAAAAACUGUGUCCCUUCAGGAUUUGAACACAUUCAGCAAGGAUGGGAUUUACAACUACAAUACCAUGCUUAUUAUGGAGCAUCUGGGAGUGCUGGUGGUGGCAGCCAGAGAUGCUAUUUUUGCCUUGGAGCUCAAUAACAUCUCUGUCAAGAUGGCUGAGGUGGACUGGCCGGUGACCGGCAAGUCAGAAUGCAUGCGACGUCAUCCCAAAAGGGAGCUGAAUUGUCACAAUUAUAUUCGGACCCUCCACAAAGUGUACAGUACCAGGAUGUUCGUGUGUGGCUUCAACGCUUUUAAUCCCCAGUGUGACUCUUUGACUUACGAUGGAGGACAGCUGAAACUGAUGGGUAAACUCCUAGAAGGACAGGGGCGUACUUAUUAUUUACUAUUUGAAGGAUAUGCUUCCGUCAUGGUUGGUGAGUAUUUGGGUGUGCUGCUUUGGUGGACCAGCACAAAAUACCUAAAAUACUUUGAGCUGGUCAUUCACUUCCAGGAAUCGAUUCUAUUGGCCCUAUUUUUGGUGACAUGUGCAUCUCAUGGCACGCAUUACGAUCAUCUUCAACAUUUUCUUAAAAUCACCCCCCCCCGGUACGGCACAAAUACCUUGUGUUGUGUACGUGUUGGGCUGGAGGUGGGUGUCACACAAGAACGUCUAGUUUUAUUGGACUUAACUGCAGCAUUUGAUACGUUUAUCUCAAGUGACACCUUUUGUCCCCUGCUAGAGAACGGUUUUAUUCAGAAGGCCGUCAACCACAACGGAGAGACUUUCAUCAUUGAGGAGAUUCAAGUGUACCCAACUGAACGCAUCAGGACACUCCACUUGUUUUCCAUCAAGGGGCAGCUGUUUGUGGGGUCAAGAGUAGGUGUGGUUCAGAUGCCAGUCAGUAACUGCAGUCGACACGACACGGGCCUGGACUGUAUCCUAGCCAGAGACCCCUAUUGUGCCUGGAAUCUGUCUGCAAAAGUCUGUUUCCCCAUCCGUGGCUUGUCCUCGUCCCCCACUGUGUCUACUGCAAUACAGAGUUUGAAAGAAGUCUUCAAAUGUCCCAAACAUGAUCCAGUACCAGUGGUGUACUACAGGUUGGUUCCAGGGAUCAACAUGCAGCUGACUUGCCAGGCUACCUCCAACCUUGCGCAGGUCCUGUGGUGGUUUGCCAAUGAAACACUUAACUCCAAAAGUAAAUACAGCAUUCAUAGCCAAGGUCUCAUUAUCCUGAACACCUUUGAAUUGGAUGCCGGCCUGUACACAUGUAACUCCUCAGAACUCAUCAACGGAAUCUUGUAUAGUCGGCGUGUAGCUGCUUAUCGCAUCCAGGUUGACUGCUGUGGGUCACCUAAUUCUGUGUUCGAUUGUUUCCUUGGGCCAACUUUUCUUGUGCCAUUGGUUCUCCUUUUCCUGCUUUGCCUCACUCUGGUGACCUUCAUAAUAUGGACAUGGAGAAGAUGUAGGUAUAUGGUUCAGCAGACAGAUAACACAGAAUUGAUGGCUACAAGCCAAAUAAGACAGAAUUGAUGGCUCCAAGCAUUGAUCUCUAAUGAGACCAAUGUACUUGCUGUCAAUUGGAUUAAUUUUGACAGUGUGAUGGGACUCCAACCUGUGAUCAUUUGCUAGGAAAUGAUAUGGAAUGGCAUGCUUGUAUAAUGUCAAAAAAAGUCGAGAUUGAGCACAAACCAAGCAUGAAGUUAAAGGAAUUGUCUACGGCCUCUGAAGAGAAGUUUGUUUAUGGGGACUGUUAUGGAGAUGUGUACAGGCAUUUUGAUGUUUGAAUGUUUCCGUGAAUCAUUCCUGAUUUUGUGUCAUGUCAUAUUGUAGGAGACUGUCUCAGAAUUGUUUGUGUAUUCCAUUGUUGUGCCCCCCCCCCCCCCUCCCCAUAGAAUGUAGUUUGCGAUCUCCUCGCUUGAUUUUCUGUUAUGGUGCAUUCUCGAUUUUUUUAAGUCGCAUUGAAGUAAUCAUUAAUGUAAUUUUUUUGGAGGCGGUCUUUGAACGCCUCUCGAGCCGAACGACAGGAGGAGCACGUAGUCGGACAGAGACGUGUCUGUAUUUGUUGACUGUACAAAGCAUUAGUAAAGUGUAUGUUUUAAAAAAAACACACAACAGCUCUCCUUUUUCCAGAGCUGCAACAAGAUUGUGUUGAAUUUCGAGGAAAAAUAAAUUUAUUUCUGGAAUAAGAUGGAUUGACAAUACAGAUUAAUAAUUAGUAUGACAGUUGAUAAAACGUUUUGACAAACUUGGCCAGGUGGACGUAUUAGCAACCACUUUCAAG